AUGGUUCAUGAGAAGACUCCGGAGGAGAAGAAACGCAUUCGAGAUAUACUGGAGAAUUCUUUUCUCUUCAGCUCUCUUGAAGCUGAAGACAUAGAGGUUGUGCUGGGGGCGUUUGAAGGUUUGUCUGUAGCUAAGGGGACAGUAAUAAUAAAGCAAGGUGAAGACGGUGAUAAAUUAUAUUUAAUAGAAGAAGGAGAAGCAAAUGUUUAUAAAACAAUUAAGCAGCAGCAGCAGCAUGAUCAGCAGCAUGAUCAGCAGCAUGAUCAGCAGCAUGAUCAGCAGCAGAAGGAUGAGGAGCAGCAGCAGCUUGUUAAUGUUAUGAAGAAAGGCGAAGCAUUCGGAGAGCUUGCUUUAAUGUAUAAUUCUCCUAGAGCUGCUACUGUAACCGCAGCAACAGACUUAAAGCUGUGGAGUCUCGAUAGAGAGACCUUCACACAUAUUGUUAGAGAUGCAGCAGCAAAAAAGAGAGAGCUCUAUGAAGACAGCCUUAAAGAGCAACAGCAGAUAUUGCUGGUGCUAAAGCAGCAGAUGCAGCAGCAGAUUGCAGCAGCAGAUGCAGCAGCGAUGGUGGCAAUGGAGGCAGCGGCAGCAACAACUGCAGCAGCAGUAGGGGCAGCGGGAGCUGCUGCAGCAGCAGCAGCAGCAGCAGCAGCAGCAGCAGCAGAUGCAGCAGCAGCAAUGAGAAGGGUAGCAGCAGAAGAAGAGCAGCAAGACGGUGGAGACAGACAGAGAGAGAGACAGCUUUGA